AUGAAAUCGAAAUCGAGAGCGAGCAAUUUUGCCAGAGACAAAAGAAAGAGAGAAUUGAAGACGAGAAUUAGGUGGAUUUGUGCUGCAGGUUGCGUUUUAUUUUUUACAGUUUUUGCCGUUUUUGGAGGCCGAAAUUCCGGAAACCUGGAAUCAAGGAAGAGAAGACAAGCGCCGGAAACUUCGAAUGUCACGUGGUCAGACGAAAAGGGAGAUCCAUGUCCCAGUUUCAACGACACGGCUGGCUGUAUAUUCGCAUUUGUCGAGGAUUAUAAAGAUGAUCUCGGCUUUCUCUCCGACACUUGCGCCCGGGUCAUCAGAGAAGGGAGGAUCGAUCUUAAUGAAACUGCCGACGAAAUUGAAAUUUGUUCGUAUGAAAAAUCAACGAUUCCAGGUCUUUGGCUCGCUUUUUACUGCAUCGCUAUUCUUUGGCUUUUCGUCGCAGUGGCGAUUAUCUGCGAUGACUUCUUUGUCCCGUCUCUAGAAGCGAUUUCGGAGAAGCUCGAUCUUUCGGAAGAUGUGGCGGGAGCGACCUUCAUGGCUGCGGGAAGUUCAGCGCCGGAAUUAUUCACUUCUUUGCUUGGUGUCACAAAAGAGACAGACGUCGGCGUUGGCACCAUCGUCGGAUCAGCUGUUUUCAAUUUGCUCGUGAUCGUCGCUCUCAGCGCUGCCCUGGCUGGAAAGAGCCUCAAUUUGGAUUGGCGCCCUCUUGCUAGAGAUGCGACUUAUUACGCGAUCUCCAUCGGCUUUCUGGUCGGAUUCGCUUGGGAUGGAUACAUCACUUGGUGGGAAGCGCUGAUUUUGACGGCGCUCUAUGUGAUUUAUGUGGUCAUUAUGGCGUUUAAUCCACACGCUUUUCGCCGAAAAACAGAGCCAGCAGAUGUUCUCCCCGAAAAACGCCGCUCUAGUCUCGUUGGAUCCCAAUUUCGACACACUCGACCUGGUGAAAUGACCGGAGCUGUCUCGGGAACACCAAAGCCAGUUAAAAAAUCAGCGCAAGAAUGCGACGACUCGAGCCAGCGGCGGAACACAUCAAUCAUUCGAAAUCAAAGCAUCGUGUCGAAAGGCAAAAUCGAACCUGACGAAAGACAUCAAGAAUUAGACGAAGAGAAUCUUCCAACCAGCGGGCGAGACAGUGGAAUAGACGACGCGGAAACUGUCAUCGAGCGAAAUCCCGAAGCUCGAAAUUCCCAAGAUGAAGUUCUCAAAGAAGACGACGAAGAGGAAGAAGAAUUGUGCCAUCUUUGCCCUUGUUGGAGUUUUUGCCCCGGAGUACCGCAUAUUCCACCGAAACUCGAGGAAAAAACGCCGAUUGGAAUUUUGAAGUUCAUCGGCUCAAUUAUAUUGUUCAUCAUGUCAUUUCCCUUCUACGUUUUCUACACUUUUACGAUUCCAAGAUGCGACACCGAUGAAAAUCGCAAAUGGUAUCUUCUCUCUUUCAUCAUGUGCAUCGCCUGGAUUGUUGCGCUGACUUAUGGAAUGGUGACGGUCGUCGAGCACGCCGGCUGCAUUCUCGGAAUUGGUCAUUUUACAAUGGGACUUGUCAUCAUUGCGGUUGGUACGAGUCUACCAGACGCUCUGUCUUCCAUCCUCGUCGCUAGAGAUGGUUUUGGCGACAUGGCAGUCAGCAACGCUAUUGGCUCAAAUGUCUUCGACAUUGACCUUGGAAUCGGCGCUCCAUUUUUCAUUUUCGCUUUGGUCCGCGAUAAACCCGUUUCGCUGCUGAAACCGGAAGAAUGGUGCGAAUUUAACAGCUUCACGGGAAAGAAAAUCAUGCCCCAUUCGAAAUUUGGCCUGGUGCUUUUAGGAAUUUUGACAAUUGCCAUCAUCAUUUUCGCUGCUCUCAGAUUCAAGUUGGAUAAAAGAGUGGGCGUUGCACUGUUGCUGCUUUAUGCCUGUUUUCUUGCCUAUGCUUUUACGCAGGAAAUUUUAUGCCACAGUCUUUCCUGCUAA